CCCCAAAAGAAGAAGAAUAUGUUGUUGGGGAAGAGACCUCGUCCUCCGAUCAAGAGGACUACCAGCAUGACUGAAUUCACCUUGGAUCUAUCCAUUGGCGACGCCCCUCCUCAGCCUCCCGCCGCCGGCUUCGAUCAACGGUACUUGGGUUCCGCCACCGCCGUCUCACCACGAAACCACCGCCGGAAUUUGGCUGAUUUCGUGGAGACCCCUCACUUCUUGAGGUCUUGCUUCCUCUGCAAGCGCCGUUUGGUCCCCGGUCGCGACAUCUUCAUGUACAAAGGAGAUAGUGCUUUUUGCAGUCUAGAGUGUAGACAACAGCAGAUGAAUCAAGACGAGAGAAAAGAGAAGAAGUGCUCCUUGACUGCAUCCAAGAAAGAACCUCUUGUUUGA